AUGCUUUGUGUUGGUCCAUUCGGUGGUCAACUGUCAUGGGGAUUCUCGACUCGAAAAAAAACGCGGAAGUCACUUGUGUCGAGGCAGAUCUCAUCGCGCGAGUUUGGAGUCCAUUAUGAGACCGAGAAGCAGCGAGUGCUGCGGCGCGAGGCGGAACUUCACGGCUUGAUGUUGGAGCGCGAUGCUUGGCCUCCCAAUCAACAUGCGCCUUUGCAUCUGACUCCCAGAGAUACACGCUGCAAUACCACUUUGAAGACCAGAGACACCAAGCUCAAGCCCGUGGUGGACACCAUCGGGGAGUAUUGGGUGAGUGAAAUCCGCUUGCCCUAUUCCCCUGGCUACCCCGAGCUACGUCCCAAGCCCAACACCACGGGGCUCGGGACACCACGGGAAGCCUUCUGCGCAGUGAAGCAGGGGCGAUUUUUAGUGCAGCUUGGCGAAAUGCAGACCGAAACAGUGGCAAGAUAUGGCAAGGGUGAUCAUACACACCCUUUUCACUGCGCUCCCAAGGGUAAAUCGUUGGUUUUGUGUUGA